UCAAACGUUAAGCACAGUCUGAGUGCAAAAAAUAACACUUUCUGUUCACAAAUUGAAAUUUAACUCAAACAAAAUGUCGGUGAGGGAUCCACACAUUGACAUGCCGGAGAUACGCAUAACGCGUAUUUCGGACAAUUAUUUACAAUAUGCCGCCAAUGAGGAGAACGAACAGAAGCCACGCCCACCCACCAGGGCACAGAAGAAGGCGGCGCGCAAGGAAGCCAAGCGUCUGCAGAAAGUUGAAGAACAGAAGCUGGUCAUGCGCCAUGCCCUGGAAGUGGAGCUGGAGCUGGGCAAGCGCAUGGAGCAGCGUGGCAAGGAGGAAUGGGACGAAAUGGCAUCACAGAUCAAAAUUGUUGAGUUGCGCGACGAGAUGAUCCAGUGGGGGGAACAAUCUCAGCGCAUCAUCGACAAUAAGAACGAUCGCAUCCAGAUGCUGCUGGAUGAUAUGGCGCAGACGCAUCGCCAGCAGUCGCGCAGCUUUGGCAAAACGCUGGAGCUGAUCGAUCACAUUGACGACUGCUAUCAGGCGAUGCUCGAGGGGACUAAAAAUAUGUACGAGCAGCAGGCGGAGGAUCUGCUCAAGGAGUACUACGACGAGGUGCAUCUGCGCACCGAGGAGGUGGACGCAAUGCGGCAGAACAGCGAGAACAUUAUCCAUGCCUCCAAUCUGAACACACGCCAUCAACUGCAGGAGGACUACAAGAUCUAUCUGGAGCAGCGAGACGAUAAUGUCAAUCGCGAGAUCGAGCGUCGUUUCGAGAUACGCGAUCAGGUUGUCAAUAAAAUGCUGGAGAUGCAACGUCAACUAAACGAUUUCGUCGAUUCGCUUCACAACACUGAAUUGGAUGCACACAAAUAUGAGAGAAUUCGCUCGCUAACCGAACGCCAGCAGGCCUUCUUCGAGGAGAGCAAAAAAUUGGAUGCCGAGGAAUCGAAGAUGAUAAACAAACAGAAUGAAAUCCAAACUGAAAUGCUGCAAGUCGAAACCGAGAACAAUUCGGUGAUCAAUGAUCUCCGCCUGGAAUUCGAGUAUUUUUCGAAUGUGCGCAAGAAGAUCGAGGAACGGAUGCACUCCGAUCGCACAACCACACACGAAAAACUGCGCAUCCUCAGCACGGAGUGUUACGAGUUGACCAAGAAAUUCGAGAAAAUCGUCAAGAGCGGUGAACUGCUCCUGGCACUAUCCAUCACAUGUCGCAAAUUGCAAACCGAGUCCGAGAAGAUCAUUGUGGGCGGUGAGAUUGUGGAGCCCAUCGAUGUUGGUGAAGUGGAUGAGCAUUUCACGCUGCAAACGCUGGACAUUAAGAAGCAUGUGGAUAUCAGCGAAGAAGAUCUGGUCAAUCUGAAUAAAAGCCUGAAGAACUUUUGGCGCCAGCAGGCCAUGGCUCAGGCCCAGAACCUGCUGUUGCUGGAGGAGAAGCGUUCGUUGACCGAGGAGAAUCAACGUUAUAUCGAUUUCAUCAAAUCUAUGAGCAAGACGGACAAUGCCGAGGAGUUGCGCUCUGCAAUGAUUGUGCAGCCCGUCAUCGAGAAGGUUCCACUGCUCUUCGAUACCAAAUGUCGUUUCUACAAGCUCCGCAAUACCAGGGAGUCUAUAACAGCUGACAAGGAUGCCAAAAAGCAGGCAAUGCUUACCAUUAAAGCUCUCACCUUGGACAAUCUGUAAACGGAUUCUAAAUUCUUUAAUUGCUCCAUUUAAAAGACAUAUUAGUUCUGUGAGUUCUUAAAGUUUAUAGCUAUUUAUUAGCUGACAAUAUCAUAUUAAAUAACAAGCAACUAGU